AUGCGGAUGGAGACGUGCUAGCAAGCUGUAAACAGAUUGACAGGGCUGGGAAGAGCGUGUAAGGAAUACAGCCGGUGCGGAGCGUGGGUGCCAGGAAGGAGUUGCAGAAGCAUAGAUUUCGGCAGAUUCAUAGGGCAUUCUUGACGGCAUCAGUCGGUCAUGAAAGGACAAGGCAUGGAGAUUUCCUUUCACCGUCGGUCUUCUCCUUUACAAACACGCGUGGUGGUGAUGAGCGACCCUGGGGUAAUAAAACCAGCGACGAGUCUCACCGCGCGCAACGAAAGACCAAUCAUACCAUUGAGCAUCAUACACCAUAGCUCUCAACUUCCGCUCUGCACUCAUCCCAUCAGCAUCACUCCACACAUCUACCAGGUCAAUUUGUUCCACCAUAAGAGAGAUUCCCACUUCCAGUCAGGCAUCACGCCGCAGGCCCGCAUCAAACGACCCGCGCAACAAGUGAAGCCAGAGAGGCAUCCGCACACUCCACAUCAUCACAUGGUCUCUCUUCGAGAACCCAACCCCCCUGUAGUCUACAGCCCGUCUAUCUCCUGCAUGCGUCCAUCGCAAUAUCUCACCCGCAACGCACCCCGGACGGUCGAGCAGUAGCGUCAUUCCCGCCAUGUGCCAGUGCCAUGCCGCCGCGCCGCGCCGCGCCGCGCCCGCGCCAGUGCCAGCGUCGGCGCCGAUGGAAUCAAUUGCAGACCGAUCCAAGACACGCAUUGCA